AUGCCCCGCUCCGACGAGGCAGAAUGGUGGUUCAACGCCGUCUACGAAGCCGUUCAAUCCAUUCCCUACGGCAAAGUGACCUCCUACGGGCAUAUCGCCCUUCUACUCGGCGAACCUAAACGACCCCGUCAGGUCGGAAUCUGUCUCAAACAUCUCCCCUCAGAUACCUCGCAGCACUUCCACUCGGGCAAUGUGCCCUGGCAGCGGGUGGUUAAUUCCAAAGGGAUGAUAUCUCAUCGGGGACCCGGAAGUGCUGAGCGCCAGGCCGAGGCGCUGCGCCAGGAAGGUGUCGAGGUCGAUGCGGAUAGCAUAGGUGACUUCUACGUAGAUUUUGCGCGGUAUGGCUGGUUCCCGGAACGUUUGCCUGGGGAGGAAUCCGAGGAUAGUGAAGAUGAAGACGACGCUCAAUAA